GCAACGCUCAGUCGCUCACCGCUCACCUCCAGCUCCAAGGCUGCCGUUGGGUCGUCUCAGCCAGCCUCUCACUGUGCCGUUAGUCCGUCACUGCAAUUGGGUCGUCCUCUUUCUGCUGUCGCGUGGCUUCCUCCUCUGCAGCUCUGCCUCGGAUUCUUUUCAAACUCUCCAACUCCAGAUUCAUGAUAAUGAGACUAAAAGUAGACUUCAAUUUGCAGGCAGAGCAUUACCUGUUACAAACUGUGCUUGUGUUAAUGAGAUUGCUGCUGCCAACCUGUAAAGGUCAGCUUGUAUCCAAAUUCUUGGCCUCCCUUCAAGCACAUUCUGCCUUGUUUUCAGCAGCUACAGAUGCAAUAGAAAUUUCUUCAAAUGAGUUUGAAAACAGGAACAAAGACGUUGAUUUUGAUCUUCUGUUUAAACACUGCACCCAACUGCACCAAGCUAAGUGCCUUCAUGCUCUUCUGGUGGUUUCGGGAAAAGUUCAAAAAAUCUUUAUCUCCACCAAGCUUGUCAAUCAUUAUGCCUACCUUGGUGAUAUCUCAGCCUCCCGCCGAACUUUUAAUCAUAUAUCAAACAAGAAUGUCUAUACCUGGAAUUCAAUGGUAUCUGCUUAUGUUCGCAGUGGUCAUUUUAGGAAAGCUUUAGAUUGUUUCUAUCGUUUUUUGUUUACUUCUGGUCUUCAACCUGAUUUCCACACCUUUCCUCCUGUUUUGAAAGCUUGUAGAAACCUACUUGAUGGGAUGAGGAUACACUGCUUGGUUUUAAAGCUGGGUUUUGAAUGGGAUGUCUUUGUUGCUGCUUCCUUGACCCAUAUGUAUACUCGGUUUGGAUUAGUAGGUUUUGCCCGGAAAUUAUUUGAUGAUAUGCCAGUACGAGAUAUGGGUUCUUGGAAUGCAAUGAUCUCAGGGUGUUGUCAAAAUGGGAAUGCUGCAGAAGCUUUAGAUGUUUUGUAUGACAUGCGAUUGGAAGGGGUUAGGAUGGAUCCUGUUACAGUAGCUAGUAUUCUUUCUGUUUGUGCACAAUCAGAUGAUAUUCUAAAUGGGAUGCUUAUUCAUUUGUACACUAUAAAGCAUGGUCUGGAAUUUGAUCUGUUUGUCUGUAAUGCAUUGAUUAACAUGUAUGCCAAAUUUGGUAACCUGGGGCAUGCAGAGAGGGUUUUUAAUGACAUGGUGGUAAAGGAUGUUGUGUCAUGGAACUCCAUAAUAGCUGCGUAUGAGCAGAAUGAUGAUCCAAUUACAGCACUAGGGCUAUUUAAUAAGAUGCGACUGAUUGGAGCUCAUCCAGAUUUGCUGACACUGGUGAGUUUAUCUUCUAUUGUUGCCCAGUUAAAUGACUUUCAAAAUAGUAAGGCUGUCCAUGGAUUUAUAACUAGGAGGGACUGGAUUUCACAAGAUGUUAUUCUGGGAAAUGCUGUGGUGGACAUGUAUGCUAAGUUGGGGGUUAUAGAUUAUGCAUGUGCAGUUUUUGAUGGUCUGCCUGUUAAAGAUGCAAUUUCUUGGAACACAAUGAUCACUGGUUAUGCUCAAAAUGGGCUUGCAAGUGAAGCAAUUGAAGUAUACCAGAUGAUGCAAUUCAAUGGGAUAAUACCAAACCAGGGGACUUGGGUGAGCAUUCUACCAGCUUAUUCUCAUCUGGGAGCCCUGCAACAAGGAUUGAAAGUUCAUGGUCGGGUGUUUAAGAACUCUCUGUACUUGGAUGUCUUUGUAGGAACCUGCCUCAUUGACAUGUAUGGAAAAUGUGGGAGAUUGGAUGAUGCAAUGUCCUUAUUCUAUGAAGUCCCCAGAAAGAGUUCAGUCCCUUGGAAUUCCAUAAUAUCCUGUCAUGGGAUUCAUGGCCAUGGUAAGAAGUCUGUGAAAUUGUUUAGAGAAAUGCUAGAUGAGGGUGUGAAACCUGACCAUGUUACCUUUAUAUCUCUGUUGUCAGCUUGUAGUCAUUCGGGUUUGAUUGAUGAGGGCCAAUGGUGCUUUCAUGUGAUGCAGGAACAUUAUCAGAUCCAGCCUAGUUUAAAGCACUAUGGCUGCAUGGUUGAUUUGUUUGGUCGAGCAGGGCAUUUAGAAAUGGCAUACGAUUUUAUAAAAGGUAUGCCAGUGGAGCCAGAUGCAUCUGUUUGGGGUGCUCUUCUCGCUGCUUGUAGGAUACAUGGUAAUGUUGACUUGGGCACCUCUGCUUCCAAACACUUGUUUGAAGUUGAUUCAGAGAAUGUUGGGUACUACGUUCUGUUAUCAAAUAUUUAUGCAAAUGCUGGAAAAUGGGAGAGAGUGGGUAAAGUAAGGUCACUGGCAAGAGACAGGGGAUUGAAGAAGACCCCAGGUUGGAGCUCAAUAGAAGUAAAUAAUAAGGUUGAAGUUUUCUAUACUGGGAACCAAACCCAUCCAAAAUGUGAGGAGAUAUACACUGAGUUAAGGAGUUUGACUGAUAAAAUGAAAAUCCUUGGUUACAUUCCAGACUAUAGCUUUGUGUUACAGGAUGUUGAGGAGGAUGAGAAGGAGCAUAUCCUCAUGAGUCAUAGUGAGAGAUUGGCAAUGGCAUUUGGAAUUAUUAGCACUCCUCCUAAAAGUCCUAUUCGAAUAUUCAAGAACCUUCGUGUUUGUGGUGAUUGCCACAAUGCAACCAAACUCAUUUCAAAAGUUACUGAAAGGGAGAUUAUUGUUAGGGAUUCAAACCGUUUUCAUCACUUCAAUGAUGGUGUUUGCUCUUGUGGGGAUUAUUGGUGACACAUAGGUGUGCCUUCUUUAGUUCUGACAAGAAAGGAUAGGGGACUAAAGAUGGAAGCAUUGUCACUUGUGGACCUUCAUCUGAUGAGGAUAGGAUAUUGGUUGAAGAAACGGCAUGGAACAUGAGCUAAUUUGGCCUCUGACGAUGAUGCAGCGGUAAUUUAAUCAUUUUGGAUUUCUCUUGGAUGUAUGGUGUUGUCAAGAAUGGUUCAAGACAAUAAUAUACUUGGCAGUUGAUCCUAAGAUUCCUGUGGGGGAGAUAAGGAGAAACCAUCUUCUUGAGUGAUAAAUAAAGCAAACCCCGAGGUUCUAAGCAAUUAAAGACGAGCUAAUACUCCAAUAUUCUCAAAGAAUCUGCUACAAUAAACUCAUCCACAUAAACCCAAAUUAUAUCUACUUAAAGAUCAAAUUUGCACUAUAGAGCAAGGAAUUAGUGUGUUAUGGGUGCUUCAUAAUUAUUGUUUAAUCAUUUAAUCUGAUUUUUGUUUCUCCAUGCAGUUUGUUGGUGAAGAUGAUGGAAGCAGUGAUGAUGAUGAUGGCCUGCUCUAUCUUCCAGACUUGGAAAAGGCAAGAGGAAACUAGUACCAAUCAGAGCUAGCGGGCGACCACCAGGAGAUGAACUACUUUACUUUUCUUAUAUGGGUACCAAAUGGACAUCUUACCUUCCACUAUGGAUUGUUGUGACCGAAGUUUGUAUAUAUUAGAUCGAACUUCUGUUGGGAAAGCUCUCUUAUAACAGCAUGGUUAAGAUGU